AUGGACUUACAGCUGUUCAAAGGGGACCCGGACACCCCUCACUCCAUCAGCUUCUCAGGCAGCGGCUUCCUGUCCUUCUACCAGGCGGGUGUCGUAGAUGCUCUGCGAGACCUGGCCCCCCAUCUGCUGGACACCGCACAUCGCUUUUCUGGGACCUCAGCUGGGGCCGUGGUGGCUGCCUUGGUCGUCUGCGGGAUUGAAAUGGAUGACUAUCUCCGAGUCCUCAAUGUGGGUGUGGCGGAGGUGAAGAAGUCCUUCUGGGGGCCGCUGUCCCCCUCUUGCAAGAUGGUACAUAUAAUGAGGAGGUUUCUGUACCAGGCCCUGCCUGAGGACUCCUACAAGAUUGCUACUGGGAAGCUUCACGUGAGCCUCACCAGACUCACAGAUGGAGAGAGUGUCGUGGUUUCAGACUUCACAUCAAAGGAGGAGCUCAUCGAGGCCCUGUACUGCAGUUGUUUCGUCCCUGUCUAUUGUGGCUUCAUCCCCCCAACUUACCGUGGUGUGAGAUACAUCGAUGGAGGCUUCACAGACAUGCAGCCUUGCUCUUUCUGGACCGACUCCAUCACUAUUGCCACCUUCAGUGGGCAGCAGGAUAUCUGCCCCCGCGACUGUCCCGCCAUCUUCAACGACUUCCGCAUGUUCAACUUCUCCUUCCAGUUCUCCCUGGAGAACCUCGCCAGGAUGACCCAUGCACUCUUUCCACCGGACUUAGUGGUCCUGCACAAUUACUACUAUCAAGGGUAUGAAGAUGCUGUUUCAUACUUGAAGAGGAUAAAUUCAGCUUACCUUGCUUCUCCUUCCAAGAGACUGCUCUAUCCUCGGGUAGAAAUGUACUGCCAGAUAGAACAUACCCUGUUUAAUAGGAGUCCUCGACGCAAUGAGCAGAGCCCACCGGCAGAGCAGCCCACUGCGGAAGACUCAGAACUGCACACAGAGUGUUCUUCUAAAGGUGCAGGAAAUCAUGACCGUGCGCUGCCUGAUCCCCAAUCUGUGCUGUCAACUGAAAACACGUGUAAGCAAGUCCCACCUGUGGAAUCACCUGUUUUACCAUCUGCCUCCUUACCUGGACCACCAUUGGCUUCAUCAUCACCAUCUUCUCCCACUGUCUUGCCACCUGCCUCACUCCCAUCCGUGCACUUACCAUGCAACUCAAGACCUGCACAAACACAUGUAUCACCAAAGCAGCAGGAACAACCAACAGAUUCCUCAGGUUUGAAGUCAUCAGCGUCAUCCAGGCCCUCCUUGGGGUCUUCAGUUCUGGAGGAAUCUAAAGCGUCGUCCCCAAGUUCUCCUUCGUCACCUGAACAGCCACUUGCAGAGGAACUGGGCUCAGAACAGCCCCAAGCUCCACUGACCUCGAGCCUGGUUAAUGCAAAGGAAGCUCCCAGCAGAGCUUCAGCCAUGGAAAGUGCUGCUGAAGACUCACCUUCGGUAAGAAAGAUUUUCAGGAAGAAUGAAUCAAAGACCACUGUCAGAGGAUUCCCAAGAAAUCAGUGCUUCAGAAAACCAGGCGGCUAA